UCUUCUUCUCUCCCACCCUCCCUCCUCCCCAUCACCACUGCUACCCUUCUCCCCCUCCCUCUGCGCCGCUCUCUCCUCCUCCGAUCCCUCCGCCAUUCCUCCAUGAUCACCGUUCUUGACCUCCAUUCUGAUUAGCUCUUGCUUUUUUUGUUCUCUUUUUUUCCAUUUUUUUUUUGACCUUUGGGAUCUUUCAUGGGGCGGAACAAUCGCAAGAAGAGCUCUGAUGGGGCGAAGACGGCGAAGGCGGCAUCGGAAGUCACUGGGGCGACGGUGCGGGCUGAGUGUGAGCGAGCCUUGGUUGCUGUGCGGCGUGGAAAUCAUCGCCGGGCUUUGAGCAUGAUGAAGGAUGCGUCGCCGAGGUUAUCGAGUUCUCCGUUGUUUCAUCGUGCGGUUGGUACUGUGUAUCUUAAGGUGGCGUCGUUGCUUGAUGACCCGGUGCAGAAGAUCCGGAACCUCCGAUCAGCUGUCGACUCUGCUCGCUUGGCUACUGAGAUGUCGCCGGGUUCUGUGGAGCUUGCGCACUUUCUUGCUUCGCUUCUGUUUGAGGCAUCGUCGCAUGAGUGCAAAGGGUUUGAUGAUGUUGUGGCGGAGUGUGAGCGGGCGUUGGCGAUUGAGAACCCUAGCGAUCCUUCCGUUGAUUCGCUUGUCGUUGAUGAAGGCGCGUCGAAGGAGGGUUCGGUAGAGGCGAGGAUUGCGCAUGUGCAGCAAGAGCUCCGCGGGCUCAUCCAGAAGUCGAGCCUGGCGUCCAUCUCGACCUGGAUGAAAAGGCUCGGGAAUGGGACCGGCAACGGCGAAGACAAGAUCCGGCUCAUCCCGAUGCAACGCAUCAACGAGGAUCCCGUCGAGGUGCGUCUCGUUCCUGCCGCACCACGUCGACCGAACGAAAUCAAGAAGGUCACCAAGACCCCUGAGGAGCGGCGGAAAGAGAUCGAGGUGCGGGUCGCUGCCGCGCGAUACCUCCAGCAGAGGCCUGAAUCCACGAUGACCAAGAAGGAGGAGGACGCCAUCGACGCCCUUGACUCCAUGUCCUCCUCACCCUCCUCGCACGGUGCCCAACGGCUUGUGGAGCGCCGCAAGAUGCAGAGUUUGAAGAAAAUCACGGCAUCUGCUGAGAGGAUGGGGCAGUCGCGCAUGUAUUGGAACUCGAUGGACAUUGAGAGGAGGAGGGAGUUCCUCAAGGUGAGCGUUUCUGAUCUGAUGGAACAUUAUAUCAAAGAUAACCUCGCUUCAGAGGUUCUUUCAGAGGCUUUGGCGUUUGUGGAGGCCAAGAAUUCGUGGGCUUUCUGGGAAUGCUGUCGGUGCAAAGAAAAAUUUAUGGAUAGUGAGUCCCUAACACAGCAUGUUGUUGCAGAGCAUACGUCCAGCCUCUCGGCCAAACAUCAGGAGGUGUUGCCUCAAGAAGUUAGCAGUGAAUGGGUUGAGAUGCUUGUGAAUGGCAGCUGGAAGCCUAUUGAUUCUUCUGCUACUGUGAAGAUGAUUGAAAAGCAGCUCAAAUCCCAAUCUAGUGCGAUGGAUAUUGACUCUGACGGUGGCUGCAAGGAGGACUCCCCUUCUGAGUAUUGGAGUUCCAAAGACACCUCCGGUUCUUCCUCUUUGCCCCAGCAAGGAGAGCCUGAUGAGAUAUCUGAUUUUGAUUCAAAGGAAGGCAUUGAUGCUUCUCAAAGAUGGCCAAUUUCAGAUGACCCAGAGAGAACCAAGUUUCUGGAGAGGAUUCAGGGCAUGUUUCACCUGCUGAUUAAACACAAAAAUCUCUCUGCUAGGCAUCUUGACAAAGUGAUAGGGUAUGCCAUGGAUGAGGUCCGGAGCCUCACAUCUGGUAUGCUGCCAACGAACCACGCCUUGGACCAGUCACCUUUGUGCAUAUGUUUCUUGGGUUCUUCCGAGCUCAAGAAAGUUCUGCAAUUCUUGCACGAGCUCUCACAAACUUCUGGUUUAAACAGACAAUUUGAGAAAGAUAGCUUGGGCGGUGAUGCAAAUUCUGGAAAUCAGGAGAGCGAGAUAAUCGAGAAUGAUAUUCUCACUUUUGAUUCAUCAAAAGUUUUGCUGGAUCCCCGAUUCUUUAGUGGUGAACAUCCUUGUAAUGGUUUCUAUAAGUUGUGUGGUGCCACGGAAAGUGAGCUUGAUGCAGGUUCUCUUGUUACUUGGUUGUUUAGUGAGCCGACAAGCGCAGAGCAGCUUUUGACUUGGUGUCGCAUGCGAGAGGAGAAGACAAACCAGGGUUCGGAGAUUCUUCAGAUGUUCGAGAAGGAAUUUUCCCUCUUGCAGAAUAUGUGUGAAGGAAAAUAUGAACAGAUCAACUAUGAGAAGGCAUUGGUUAGAAUUGAAAGCCUUUGUCAAGAAGAGAUUAAGAAUAGGGAGCUUUCUGCUAAAGUCUGUCAAAGUUAUGAGACAAUUCUAAAGAAGAGGCAAGAAGAACUUGAAAAGGAAAAUGAUGGGAAACAGGCCCUUAAAUUUGAGCUUGAAUUGAUUUCAAAAAUUCUUAAGGACGCACAAACUUUAAAUGCAUCUCAUUAUGGGUUUGAUGAGACUCUGUCUGGUGUGACUGCUCGUCUGUAUGAUUUGGAACAUGGUGUGGAAGAUGACGUUAAAACUCAGGAGCAAAUUCGGCAAUUAGAUGAGUGCGUGCAGGCAGCAAUUAUAAGAAAUAAGGAACAAUAUUCUCCAGAGCUCAAUAAGAUGGAUGCGAGGAUAAUGAGGAAUCUGACCAACAUUCAGCAAUUAAAGCGCAAGAUUGGGCCUACAUCUGCUUUUGAUUAUCAAACUGUUAUGGUGCCUAUGGUGAAAUCUUUCCUUCGGUUUAUCUUGGAAACUCUAGUGGACAAAGAUGCCAAAGAGAAGUCUGAUGCUGUAAGCCAAGCCUUGUUAGCUGAACUUGAGCAUGAUGCUAAGAAGAAUGCAAUGAAAGGAGGUGAUCAUUCAAAGCAGUCUCAAGACAAGUCAAAGGAUAAAAAGAAGAACAGAGAUAACCGCAAAUCGAAAGACCUGAAGGUUGUUGGGUAUGAUGGGUCACUUCAUGAAGAACAUGCCAAAGAAGAUGGAUUUCAUGCUGCAACUGAUAAAAGUCAUACUGAUUUGGGAGUGGUUCCCAUUGGUGAGCACUUUAACCAACAAGAAGAGGACCUCAGACGCAAAGUUGAGAUUGAGGAGGAAGAAAGAAAGCUUGAGGAAACAUUAGAGUAUCAAAGGCGGAUUGAAAAUGAGGCAAAACAAAGACACCUUGCAGAAAGAUCAAGGAGAGAUGUUGAAGUUCCCCGAAGCAAUGCAGUAGAAGGGCAAUGUAGUGUACUUCUGGACCACAGUGUGGAUCAAAUACAUCAAAAAGGUGGCUUAAAUGUUUAUGAUGAAGAGACCAUGGAAAACAGCAGCUGCUCUGUUGAGUCAAAAAGCAUUAUAUUUGGGAGCUUUGAUAGUAAUGAUAUUUUUGCACUUAGUGACCAUCCAGAUCAGGGUGCCCAGUCCCACCAAUCUAAAACUAUAUCGGAUCCAAAUCAACUACCGAGUCCAGAAGCUAGGGAAGUAAUGUGCGCUGACAAUGUUAAACUUCGGAAAGGCGGCAAUACUGAUUUUUUACCUUCCACUCAACAUGUGGAUUUAUCUAGUGAUUUGUGUAAUUUGAAAGUGAAUAACAAUACAGAAAAAAUCGUUACCGAAAUAUCUUCUGCAAAUUUUAGUCUGCAAAAGAAUAAAAGACCUAGGCGAGGCAGAUCAGGAGGUACGCAAAUCGCUCAUGGGAAAUCUGCUUCAACAACAAACAAAGAAGGACUUGAUGUUCCAGUUUCAAUGCCGUCUUCAAUGGUAUCUCCAACAUCAGAUUCUGGCUCAUCUACGAAUGACUUUGUAGGCAAUAAUUCUGGAGGAAAAGAUUUAUUCGGGGCUGGCUUGAAGAAUGAUGCCGGAGAAUAUAAUUGUUUCCUGAAUGUGAUCAUCCAAUCGUUGUGGCAUUUAAGAAGGUUUCGUGAUGAGUUCCUGAGAAUUUCGUCACUGCACAAGCAUAUGACCGAUCCUUGUGUUGUCUGUGCACUGUAUGAUAUAUUUACUGAUUUGAGCAAAGCAUCUGAGUUACAGAAAGACGUCGUUGAUCCUAACUGUCUGAGGGUUGCUUUGAGCAAACUUGAUGUUCACAGCAAUGUCCUCCAGGAGGGGCAGAUGAAUGAUGCAUCUGAGGUUCUGGAAGUUAUUUUCAACUGUUUGCAUCGUUCUUUCACAUCUUCUGUUGAACCUGAUUCUGGAUCAGUCAAAACCAAGUGGACUGGUUCAUGGGAGUGUGAAGAUGAUUCUUGUGUGGCGCAUAAUCUGUUUGGAAUGAAUAUACGUGAACUUAUGUUCUGUCGCAGCUGUUCCGUGGAAUCCAGGCAUCUGAAGUACACUUCAUUUUUCCACAACAUCAAUGCAAGUUCACUCCGAAAAAUGAAGGACCAGCAUGCUGAGAGCCCUUUUCAUGAACUUCUAAAGUUUGUGGAGAGGAAUCACCAAUUGCCAUGUGAUGUGGAUGCUGGCGGUUGCGGAAAUAUGAACUACAUAACUCAAAGUCUUUCCAGUUCACCACAUAUUUUCACAGUUGUCUUGGGCUGGCAGAACACGAAUGAAAGUGCGGAUGAUAUUUCAGCAACAUUAGCAGCCAUCACAACUGAUGUAGAAAUUGGUAGUUUGUAUGGCGGUCUAAAUCAAGGAAACAAGCAUGUACUUGUCUCAGUGGUCUGUUAUUAUGGCCAACAUUAUCACUGUUUUGCAUACAGCUCUGAACAUAAGAAGUGGUUCAGAUAUGAUGACCGGCAUGUGAAGGUUAUUGGUGAGUGGGAUGAAGUUCUUAAUGUGUGUAGAAAAGGACACUUGCAACCUCAAGUCCUUUUCUAUGAGUCUGUGAAUUAGUCCUCUUCAGUAAAGCGCAUCGUAAACUAGUUGGCUUGUGCAUGAGAUCCUCUCUAUGUUCAGGGAUUUAUACACUGUUGUCGUUGGUGUUCGGUUGAUGUUCAAAUUUUAAGUGAUCAUCAUCACUGUCAUUGCGACUAUUGCAACUUAUCAGUUACAGAUGAGCAAGUAACUGUUUGAAUGGUGGAAGGAAGGCAUAUUAACAGGGCGGAUUGAUUGGGUUUCUAGAUGGUCCAAUAAAACCAGCAUGAAAGAUGACUUUUGACACCAGGAGUUGAGACUACCAGAACUUGACCAGAUUUUGAAUAUUGACCCCAGCCUUUUGUGAAAGUUGAGUUUUUUUUUUUCCCUUCUCCUUUUUGUUUUCUUUUCCUUAAUAAGGUGGUGAUAUCAAUGGGGCUAGAAUAUAGCUUACUGAAGAUGCUUAAUAAUUACCAAGCUUGUGUGGGAUAAUACCGGUUCAUACCUCAGUUGAAGCUGAUUUUUGUCCAUAGAUUUUGUUCGACAAUCACAGUGAUGCUCAGUGGGUUCGAAUUCUUCUAUACACUAUGGGGAUGCCAAGGAAAGAAGGGAAAUCGCUGCUUUGUUUUGGCUGGAACAACAAUAAUCAUCAGAUUCCCUUUACAGAGAACUGAGCAUGCGGGGCUUUUACUUGUAUAGAGAGUUGUGUACCUCAUUGUAUAACAGAUGAAAAGGUUUAGAUGAUGCUGAAAAGAAUCAUAGGGUGACUUAAUUUUGAUAUCUUUCAAAAUUUUUAUCCUUGCACUUGUUAAUUGGUUCCUAUUUCCUGUCUGUUUACUUUUCACAAUUCCAUUCAUCUGUAGAAUUAGCCUUGAAAUUCAGUUGCU